AUGCCGCGCCCACCUACAAAACGCCACCGCAGUACUUCGAAAGGCUUGAAGGCUUCAAAGGAAGCCUCGCAGCGUACUGUUAGACGUAACGAUGCGAAUUUGGCCUCUGCUCUAGGAUCACACUUGGGAAGCAAUCAGGAUGUGGAAAUUUCUGCACAUGUCAUUACUAGUUCCCAGGUGCAGGAGAUCUCGCGACAGUUGAAGGAUCAGACACCCGUUUCUAAUGCCCGCGAACGAGCGAUUGGGUCGUCGCCGAUAGGGGAGCAUGGAGCUACAGGCAGCCGGCCACCUACCAGGUCUCGAGGCUACUCAUCCACCCUGUCUGUAGCUGGGCGAAAAGGAGACAUGAAUUCGAGGAUCCCCGGAACUCCUGCCUUUGAGAGUUCUAUAUUGAGCAAUUUCAGAAGGCGACCACGACAACCAAGCAUUCUGCAAAUGAUGCAAGCUGAGGACGAAUCAUCUAUACUCAACGAUGAGGAUUUUCUCGGUGGCCUGAGCCCGGAGGACGAAUCUACACCACUAAACCUAUCUAAGGGGACGUCUCUUCAGAUGGGGAACGCUAUUACUUCAUCUCCUCCGCUUUCGUUGUCAUCUAGUGGUGGAUCGCGCAAGCAUAGACGGUCCAUCGAAGAGCUUCAAAUCCCCCAGUCACCCUUGGAUACAGCGAGAAUUAGUCCUACCAGAUCGAUAACCACAAGCAAUCAAAGGCAUGAACGAGAAGCCCAUGGCUUCAUGGAAUUAGCCCAGUCCUUUGGAUCUCUCGAAGCGCUUGGUCAAACAGUAGAACCACCUCUGAGCAGUAGCCUUCCCGCAAGCCCUACCUCAGCAGCUACGAUUUUGGACCUUGCUCCAUCUUCGACUGUCUCUAGGAAGCACAUGAAGAAAACCGUGGUGUCGGCACCUGAUUCUCUAUCCACGACCACCUUACAAGACAAACUUCUUCCUAGGCGACGCCAACGGCUAUACAAACCCCGCCAUGUCGAAGAUUCAAAGAAUUCGAGCGAUGACGAUGGUUUUUUGUCUGAGCAGGACGAGGAUGAAUUAAAUUAUCUACCCUCCCACAGGACAUCGCAGACUCAACGAAAGCAGAUCACUAAGCGUAAACCAUCCGGUAAUCUUCCAUAUGUGCAUGGAACCGAAAGAUCGGCUAGUACAAGUGGAAACUAUGUGCAUUCUACUUUGCAGAGUGAUUUGACAGUGAGCCAUCCAAAACAAUUGAAGCAGCAAGGAGUUCCACAAAUGUCUUACUCUCUUGAGGAUGAGGGGAUGGACAAAGAAAACGUGCCUAUUGAUACUUCACCACUAUCCUCUUCACUUUAUUCAGAUGCGUUUGAAUCUGAUUCUCAGCUAGAGCAACUGCCUACCAGCUACUUAAGUGACGAACUGAAGUUACAAGCAAGGAAGUUUGCAGAGGUUGAUAAAUGGGAAAUGGAAUUCGAAGAUGUGCCUGACAGCCAGAACAAUAUUUUCGAGUAA